AUGUCAGUGUGCCGCAGAACCUUAGGUCUUCUCCACACACAAGUGUGGGAGAGCCAAGCUUCGGCACGAAUGGGUCGGCUCGAGCGGACUGAUACCACGGCCUCACAGAAUACCGGAAUGAAACAACCCAAAGCGUUGUGUUUCGCCGUGAGAGUGAGGUUACCGGAGGCCCAAUCCCUCCCCUUCCCCUAUCCCUUCCCAAUCCUUAUAUCCGCAACACCCAAUCCCCAAAUGCCGGUAACGCACUUGUCACUGCUUUUGGUGUUGCGGGUGUCCAUGGGCGGCGCCGAUUGCUUACCAUCAGGUGGACCGUCACUCAGUGGAUCGGUAUGGAAAAUAAGUCGGAGAUUGGUAUCAGAUCGCCCUGAUGAUACCACUAAAAAGGGUCGUAACUAUACGUAUCUUACAUGGACGAAUCACACCGUCUGCUGCAACGGUUGGCAACACGACAGUGAACAGGACAUCUGUGCUCCCAUCUGCAGUACAGGCUGCAACGGGGGCAAGUGCGUCUCUCCAGACCAGUGCCAGUGUCUGUCCCCAGCCUACCUCGACCCCGAACGACCGAACACCUGCAUCACACCCAUCUGCAGUCCAACAUGCUUCAACGCCGUCUGCCACGCCAACAACACCUGUAUCUGCCAAGAAAACUACACCCCUUACAACUCGACACACUGCUUCAAAUGCGAUCAAGGCUACACUGCAGAUGAGAACCUCAAUUGUGUCCCAGUUUGUGAUCAACCCUGCAUCAACUCUACGUGCACAGCUCCCAAUACGUGCACCUGUGCGGAUGGCUACCGACCGAAAAACGACUCAAUCUGCGAACCGAUCUGUGACUGUAUCAAUGCGGAUUGCGUUGGUCCUCACACGUGCGCGUGUCAUAAAGGCUAUGUUUCUCUGAACAAGACAGUUUGUACUCCAAAGUGUAACGGCUGUUCUCAUGGAGACUGUGUAGCGCCUAACAAAUUACUUAGUCUGUUCGUCAGUGAAGCUAGGUGCUCGUUCCAAAUUGUAGAUUCGAAUAGAGAAGAACGAGUAAGAAACUCCAUCGUUACUCUUUCAACGGAGUACCAGUAA